UGCUGCUGUUUCUCCUGCCUGAGGAAACACUUCAUCGCGUGGAGGGCGCAGGACAUUUCUGUGCUCUUCCGUAUAAGAACGGGGUGUGGGCAGGGGUGGCCCGCGGGAGCAGAGAGAUUUCUUGCCUUUUCUACGAAAGGAAGGUGGGUAGUUUGGAGAGAGACUGAGAGAAAGGGUGGAUGUGGAAGCCAAGCAGCCGAACUCUCUCAUUUAGGAAACCGCGAACCGUUUGCUCAGCUUAUGCUCACAUGCCUAAUACUACUACAGCGUCUCAGAAAACACCUUUGGGGGAAGGUUUGACUUGUCUCGAACAGUCUCAGUGUUUUUCCUCGCCGGAUAGGGAGCUGCUUGGAUGCGAAGAGAUGGCAUGAUGUGAAUGACUCCAGUGUGAAGAAAUCUUCGCCAACUCAUCCUGCAUCAAGUGCCCAUUGAGUAGCACUGUCACUUUAAUGUCUCCAUGCCAAGGGAUUGCUUUCCUUCUUUUCAAUCCUCUCGGUUAAUACAUGGGAGGAUCAGAAUCAGAGGGGCAUUAAGGAUCAAGCCUGAGGGGCUUGGAGAGCACAGAAGAAAAAAAAAUGAAAGUGACAGCAAGCUGGAUCCUGUCUUACUGAGGGGGUGAGAGCCGGAACUUCUGAUCCAGUAAAUAGAAAGGGGCCUUUCAGUCUGUGUUCUGCCCCAGAAAACUGUUCAAACUCACCCACCUUUUUAGAGACUAGAGUCAAAGACGUUUUUAAAAGUAUUUUUUUUGGGUGUGUGUGUGUGUGAAGGUUUUAGAUUUUUCUCUAAAGAAUUGAGGGUCUUUAUCAUCAAUCAGUUCAUCUUGGAAUUUGAUCAUGUGUUGAGUAAUGGGACAGCUGUGAAAAUUUUGUUUGUGCCUUAAUUGAGUUAGUCAUUGAACUCCAAAAACGUUAAUGCCUGAAGAGGAGAUUUAAUAACGUUUUCUACGCUUACAAUAAUUUUCUUUUUAAACAGAAUAAAUAUUUUAUAAACAAUGAAGUACUCGGCAGUUGUUUUUCUCUAACCUCUGUGGGCAGUGUCAAAGUUUGUGGAAAAAAUACAUCACUUUUUUUCUUUGAAAGAGAAGACAGCCUGGAUUUCAAACAGUGAAGUGGUUUGCAACAGUUACCUGGCUCUUGGCCUCCACCCAGCUGGAUCAAGUUGAGACCUGAAAAGAGAUCUUGAAUCCUGUGGCAGUGAAAAGAUUCAAGAAUGCCAGUCAAGAGGAAAGACACUGACCGAGCUUUGUCACUUUUGGAAGAAUACUGCAAAAAAUUAAGGAAACCAGAGGAGCAGCAGUUGAAAAAUGCUGUUAAAAAGGUGAUGGGUAUCUUUCAGAGCAGUUUAUUCCAAGCUUUGCUAGAUAUUCAAGAAUUUUAUGAAGUGACAUUGCUAAAUUCUCAAAAAAGUUGUGAGCAGAAGAUAGAAGAAGCCAAUGAAGUUGCACAGAGAUGGGAGAAGACAUCCCUUCUCGCUCCGUGCCAUGAUAACCUUCAGAAGUCUGCAGAGCAAAACCAAGGUAAAUGCCCAGCCCAGAAUUGUUCAGUGGAAGCCCCUGCUUGGAUGCCUGUCCACCACUGUACUAAGUAUCGCUAUCAAGAUGAGGACGCUCCACAUGAUCAUUCCUUACCUCGACUGACCCACGAAGUAAGAGGCCCUGAACUUGUGCACGUAUCGGAAAAGAACCUGUCUCAAAUAGAAAAUGUCCAUGGAUACGUCUUGCAGUCUCACAUCUCUCCUCUGAAGGCCAGCCCUGCUCCUAUAAUUGUCAACACAGAUACUCUGGACACGAUUCCUUAUGUCAAUGGGACAGAAAUUGAAUAUGAGUUUGAAGAAAUUACGUUGGAGAGGGGGAAUUCUGGCCUGGGAUUCAGUAUUGCUGGAGGGACAGAUAAUCCCCACAUUGGAGAUGACCCUGGCAUAUUUAUUACGAAGAUUAUACCAGGAGGUGCUGCAGCAGAGGAUGGCAGACUCAGGGUCAAUGAUUGUAUCUUGCGGGUGAACGAGGUCGAUGUGUCCGAGGUUUCCCACAGUAAAGCGGUGGAAGCCCUCAAGGAAGCGGGCUCCAUCGUCCGGCUGUACGUGCGUAGACGACGACCCAUUUUGGAGACUGUUGUGGAAAUCAAACUGUUCAAAGGCCCUAAAGGUUUAGGCUUCAGUAUUGCAGGAGGUGUGGGGAACCAACACAUUCCGGGAGACAACAGCAUUUAUGUAACUAAAAUUAUAGAUGGAGGAGCUGCACAAAAGGACGGGAGGUUGCAAGUAGGCGACAGACUACUCAUGGUAAACAACUACAGUUUAGAAGAAGUAACACAUGAAGAGGCGGUAGCAAUAUUGAAGAACACGUCAGAUGUAGUUUAUCUAAAAGUUGGCAAACCCACCACCAUUUAUAUGACUGAUCCUUAUGGUCCACCUGAUAUUACUCACUCUUAUUCUCCACCAAUGGAAAAUCAUCUGCUCUCUGGCAACAAUGGCACUUUAGAAUACAAAACCUCCCUGCCGCCCAUCUCUCCAGGAAGGUACUCACCGAUUCCAAAGCACAUGCUUGUUGAAGACGAUUACACCAGGCCUCCGGAACCCGUUUACAGCACUGUGAACAAACUGUGUGAUAAGCCUGCUUCUCCCAGGCACUAUUCCCCUGUUGAGUGUGACAAAAGCUUCCUUCUCUCAGCUCCCUACCCCCACUACCACCUAGGCCUGCUCCCUGACUCUGAGAUGACCAGUCAUUCCCAACACAGCACUGCAACCCGCCAGCCUUCAGUGACUCUCCAACGGGCCAUCUCCCUGGAAGGGGAGCCCCGCAAGGUGGUCCUGCACAAAGGCUCCACUGGCCUGGGCUUCAACAUCGUGGGCGGGGAAGACGGAGAAGGUAUUUUUGUUUCCUUCAUUCUGGCUGGUGGACCAGCAGACCUGAGCGGGGAGCUCCAGAGAGGAGACCAGAUCCUGUCUGUGAACGGCAUUGACCUUCGCGGAGCAUCCCAUGAACAGGCUGCUGCAGCACUAAAGGGGGCUGGACAGACGGUGACGAUUAUAGCACAAUACCAACCUGAAGAUUACGCUCGAUUUGAGGCCAAAAUCCAUGACCUACGAGAGCAGAUGAUGAACCACAGCAUGAGCUCCGGGUCCGGGUCCCUGCGAACUAACCAGAAACGCUCCCUCUAUGUCAGAGCCAUGUUUGACUAUGACAAAAGCAAGGACAGUGGGCUGCCAAGUCAAGGACUCAGUUUUAAAUACGGAGAUAUUCUCCAUGUUAUCAACGCCUCUGAUGAUGAGUGGUGGCAAGCCCGGAGAGUCACGCUGGAGGGGGACAGUGAGGAGAUGGGGGUCAUCCCCAGCAAACGGAGGGUGGAAAGAAAGGAACGUGCCCGAUUGAAGACAGUGAAGUUUAACGCAAAACCUGGAGUGAUUGAUUCAAAAGGGUCAUUCAAUGACAAGCGUAAAAAGAGCUUCAUCUUUUCACGAAAAUUCCCAUUCUACAAGAGCAAGGAGCAGAGUGAGCAGGAAACCAGUGAUCCUGAACGAGGCCAAGAAGACUUCAUUCUUUCUUAUGAGCCUGUCACAAGGCAGGAAAUAAACUAUACCCGGCCAGUGAUUAUCCUGGGCCCCAUGAAAGAUCGCAUCAAUGACGACUUGAUAUCUGAAUUCCCUGACAAAUUUGGCUCCUGUGUGCCUCAUACUACGAGGCCAAAGCGUGACUACGAGGUGGAUGGCAGAGACUAUCACUUUGUCAUUUCCAGAGAACAAAUGGAGAAAGAUAUCCAAGAGCACAAAUUUAUAGAAGCCGGCCAGUACAAUGACAACUUAUAUGGAACCAGUGUGCAAUCCGUGAGAUUUGUAGCAGAAAGGGGCAAACACUGUAUACUUGACGUAUCAGGAAAUGCCAUCAAGCGGUUACAAGUGGCCCAGCUGUAUCCCAUUGCCAUCUUCAUUAAACCCAAGUCUCUGGAACCUCUGAUGGAGAUGAAUAAGCGUCUAACGGAGGAACAAGCCAAGAAAACCUAUGAUCGUGCAAUUAAGCUAGAACAAGAAUUUGGAGAAUAUUUUACGGCGAUUGUCCAAGGUGACACCUUAGAAGAUAUCUAUAACCAAUGCAAGCUUGUCAUUGAAGAGCAAUCUGGGCCUUUCAUCUGGAUUCCCUCCAAGGAGAAGUUAUAAAUUAGCUACUGCACCUCCAACGACAGAAGAGCAUUUAGAAGAACAAAAUAUAUAUAAUAUACUACUUGGAGGCUUUUAUGUUUUUGUUGCAUUUAUGUUUUUGCAGUCAAUGUGAAUUCUUAUGAAUGUACAACACAAACUGUGUGAAGCCAUGAAGGAAACGGAGGGGCCAAAGGGUGGGACGGAAAAGACAUUGCAGUCUACGGGAAGUCUUUGGUUUGCUCAGAGGGCCAGGUGUAGGGAUGAACCUCGAACAGGCUUUGUGCCCAGGAGAUGGGCAGCCUCCUCACCCAGCAGGUGUCCAGAGCUGAUUUAGCUGCUGAGCUCUCUGUGUUUUUUGCUUUAAAGAAAAGUUGCCAGCACUUGAACUUCACCAACCUUCCCAUUUCCCACAUCUGUAAUUGGUACGCUUCGAAUUUUAUAACUAUGCACAUCCUUUGAUUUCUUAACAAGCAAAAGAAAGAAUGAAGGGGAAAAAAAGGAGUCCCUUUGCAGACGGCAUAAUAUCAGGGAAGGAUAAGUAUGUAGUUUCUCUGACUGGCAUCUGCCAAGAUGAGCAUUUCAUAAAAUUCGCAAGUGUGUGGAGGACUGACCUGACUGAGAGGAGGGCAUUCCACCUGGGCUUAGCUGUGUGGUUGUUUAUUGUCUAUUUUGCCAUUUAUAAACUGAAAGAAGGCACUAAAGCUGAGAAUAAUUUAUACAAUAAAAAUAUAUUAAAUGUAUAGAGACGAAUUUCUAUAGGUUAAAAAAAGUUUUGUGAAAUAUUUUGUAAAGACUAAUUCACUGAAAGACUAAAUGUAUGCACUCUCUGCAGACGAUCCAAUUCAAGAACAGAAAGUUGCACUCUCCCUUUUGUUGCCAAUGAUCCAUUAAGAGAAUCUGACUUCCUUUUGAAGCCUGACAAAGACUUCUUCCUUCCUCAACUCCCAUGAUCUCCCUUUCACAUUAGUGAUACACUCUCAUGGAACACAUCCCUUAAUGAGUUGCCCUCAUGGAUUUUUUUGGAGGACAUUUGGUUAUGCAUUUUUUUUAAGCUGAUGGCUUUUAGAGACAAACUCAUGCAAAUGAAGUAAAGGGAAGUUUUUGCUUUUCUCUUGUUAAACAACUGAGCCUGCCAUGCAAAUAGCUGAAUAACGUUGUUCCUAGUGAUUUAGAUAGAAUUCUUAAAGGAUCAUUUAGUAUUUUGGCCAAUCAUGAAUAAUUAGGACUUUUUUCUUGUCUGUUUCACAAGUAACUGAGGGUUUUGUAAUAGCCAGAGAUGGUAUAGAGCCAUGGAGAGAUCUGUCCCAAGAUGCACAAUUUCUUUGAGGAAGAGAGAGAGAAGUAUCGGGCUGCGGGGUGAGGGGUGCAGACUUUUGUUUCUGUGUACAGGACAAAGAGACAGAACCAUAAGGAAAGACCAUUAAUGACUUUGAGCUUAACCAAUUGAACUGCCUUUCUUGGGGGCUGCACCUGGACCAAGUUUAUUUUUUGGCAAUUAUAAUAAUGGUGACUUUAAAAAAAGAAACCUCCCGAAGCCUAUAUCCCACUUUAGAGUUGAUGGUGACAUCAGCACUGCUUGUGCCCAAGGUAUUGAGGGAGAGGCUCUUCAGUGAUCUCAAUAACUACUCAACUCUGGGUUCUAUGCAUGCCCAGACUAAGCCCCGUCGCCUUAUUUCUGGGGUACAUCCAGACCUGGCAGGGAUUCUGCCACACUGUGCAGCAAACCAGCACGCAGGCUGGGAUGGGAGAGCAAGAGACAGAGCCAUCAGCAGUGAUGGGGCUUCUUCGCAGUGAGAACAUCAGAGCUCAGAACGAGGGUCUCUUUCCAGAAACAAGCGUUACUCAUCUUACACUAGAAUACCACCAUCUGCCUGGCUGCAGUCACCAAAACAAACACAAAAAAAUGCAAAACCCUGCAUCUACCUAUAGUCUUGAGGCUGCCUCUGCCAAUGGAAGGGCUAGCGAUGCGUUUUCUCGCUGAUCAAAGUUAAAUUUUCCCCAAAACUUCUCAGAGCGCUCAAGAUGUUAACGAUGUGUCCAUGUCUGUAAUUCGCCAGUUUCAGGUCAAGGCCUACUUUCAUCAAUCUUGCUCCCAGAAGUUUUCUGCCACUAGAAUGCCAUUCCUGAUCCCAGCUCUAUUUUUAGGCCACCAUGAUAACUUCCUUGGUUUCUCAACUGAGCAUGCAACUAUUUAUUUAAAGGACUGUCAUUAAUGAAUAGAUGUUUCCGCGGGUCGUGUGAUGUGCUUUCCAUUUAAUAUUAAGUAUUGCUGUGGCUGAGUACAAUCAAAUUGAACCACCAACCCUUGGUUUUGUAGUAAUAUAAUUAUUUAUUUUCCUAGUGUAGAUGCUUUCGGAUUAGAAUUGGCAUUUGCACUGAUUUUUUUAUGUAGAUUUAUAUAAAUAUAUAUAUACAUAUAUAUUUGCUUGAAGAAUCACCAAGCCAAUUGGUGAGAGGGUCUUUUCCUAUAGAAUUAACACCUCCAUUUGUUGUGUUGUCUUGCGCUUCCCAAUGUUGAGGUCUCUAUGGCUCCAACAACCGGUGUAUCUUGCAGCAAAUCUGACAACUUGAAUGGAAAUAGCGGGAAAGUGACCCCGAUUACAACUGGUGCAAAUGCACUUGGAGCCUGGGGCCAGACUGGUGCUAACACUGCAAACUUUGUCGAGAGCUCUCUCCAAUCUGAAGGCUUGCUGGGGGCGCAAUGUCACCGUCACAACGCUGGGCCCUUUCAGAAAAGUGCCAGAUCGUGUCACUGGUGCUAUUUUUCAUGCUCUGGUACAAUGUGUAGCACCACAGGGGUCUCAGCUUUACCAAAAUCAAAAUCCCGUUUGUCAGCUAAUUGCAGGGGCAUUUGGUUUUUUUCUUUUUUUGCUCUCCUCACCCAGGAUUUGUUGGCCAUUUCUUUGCAGGCCUCUUCUCCCAGCCCUGCGCUCUCGGGUUGGCUCUGUUUAGUGAGCCCAUCUUUAUGAAGCUGCACUCAGGUGCCUGUGAGCUGUCUUAGAUCCCACGCCAGCCCUUCAGGACUGCGAGCCAGGGAAAAGCUCUACGCCCCUAUGGCUCUUGCCUCUGGUUUCUUCCCUCAUUCUCUUCCUCUGUUCUUCCCCUCCUAGUUCCAGCUCAUUCCAUUUCUCUUUUUGUGUACCUCUCCUUUCUCCUUCCUUCCUGUCCUCUCUGGUUUUCUCCUACAUUCCCUUUUCACUCCUUCCCCUGCACUCCCCCAUCUCUCUGUCUGUCUCUCCUUUAGUCUAGUCUCUUCCUGUUCCUUUCUCCACCUUUCCUGUCCUUUCUCUUCUCACGUCUCUGAUCAUAUCCUCUCCCGUCACCAACUCCUUAAUUUUCCUGUCCUAUAAGGGCUCACGGCUGAUUCAGACAGCAAGUCCGUACACUGGACUCAUGACACAAAUUCUUUGGGUCACCGUUUUAUCUAGGCAGCCCAGAAAGCCAAGCUGAGCAUGAAUGAGGUCCUGCCCUGGAUCCAGCUCCAGCGCACCUCACUGAGCCAGCCUGCACCGCUGCCCUGGCAGUGACGAUGCAUGUGCUCUGGGCGCUGCCGGCACCUGGGUGCCUCUCUGCCUGAAGCCUGGUCCAAAGUGAGCCCACGCCUGGCACCAUCCCACGGCUCUGAGGACACUUCUUUUCACUAAAGGCAGACUCUGGCCCCGACAAUUAUUCUGACAGCAAACCUCUUCCUUCUCCUGGAAGCCAUGCCAUCACCUUGGUUUGGAGAGAGAGUUUUUUUUUCCCAUUCAUAAGCUUUCUUUUUCCUACUUUCAUGUGAGCUCCCUCUGCUUUUCAGCUGGUGAUUGCUCUGGUGAGAUUGAAUAGACUUGCUGUUGAAAUUACAUCUCUUUUUUCCUGUCUUGGUCCUGCCUAAAUUCCUACAAAAAUAUUAAAGUCAAAGACUCAGGCUAGUUCCUAAGUUUAUGAUAGUAACUUGUCACUCCUAAGGGGACAAAAGGGGAUAUUUCCCUUAGAGCAUGUGGAGUACCUCCCAUGACAACUGAUUUGAAAGAGGACUCCCUACAGAACUCUGUGGAUACCCAUUUUACUUCUGUGUCUGUAUGGUCUAUGUGGUAUAUGUAUCAUGUAUACACAUACUACAUUGGGUACAAAUGAAUGUGGAUGGAAACCCACACACACACUUUAGUCUGUAAAUAUCCUUCCUCACUGAAAACUGUGCUUCGGAAAUCAUUUCUUGUACAGCUGUGCAGUUUCUUGUAGCAGCUGAGGACAAGCUGAGACAGGUGAAGGAUUUAGACAAAGACCAUCUGAAAGGUAGAAUACAGAAUCUCCCUAACAACUCAUGAGGACAGACAACCAAAUGGCAAGGUUGACUCCCAAUGAGAUGGCAAACUUCUCUCCUUUUUGAACCUGUGUUUCCUAACCAUGUCUUACCUUCUGAGUGCACCAGGCUGUACGCGUGAGAUCUGUUCAAUAUGACAGUUUUGUGCUUCUCUCUGACAGGAUGCUUCUCCCUCGAGCUGUUGUGCAGGAUGGGAGGGAGGGGGGCAUACUCCUUGCCUGGGCUGGAGUUUACAGAGAUACUGCACAGCUUACACUCCUGUUAAGUGUAAAUAUUCCACACUUCCAUUCCAUUUGUGUAAAAAAUAAAGCACACACGGUUAUAAAAUCAA